AUGCCGGAAUCUCUCAUGGCGGAAUUCCAUCUGCGACAAUCGACAUCUAGUCUCCUACCAAGGGUCAAGCAGCCUCCGAAGGCUUCGAAGAUCUCAGGCCAGUUCUUUUAUGCUGCAAGUGACGAUGGAAUCGAUGAGAAUCUCCUGAUUUUGCUCCACGGCCUUGGAGACACCCACGUACCGUUCUCGAAGCUAGGAAAGUCCUUGAAGCUUCCUCAGACUGCAGUUCUUGCACUGCGUGCUCCAGAACAGGUGCCAUUUCUUUACGAAGACGCGUAUCAGUGGUACACGUCCUUCGAUGAUCUAGGCGAAAUCAUCGACCGACCAAACCCAACGCCAGCGUUCCAGUUCCUCAAUACUGUCGUCGACCAUCUAACGAAUGACUGUGCAUGGCCUCUCAAUCGAAUACAUUUCUUCGGUUUCGCUCAAGGAGGCUCUGUUGCUGCUGAGUUCGCCAUAGAGAGAUGGAAAGCCCAAUUUCAGCCUAAGAAAGUGAUAACCUCUGGUCAAGAGGAUGAAGACCCAGAUCAAGCCAAUUCAUUCAAGUCUUUCGCCUCUAUCGUCACCAUUUCCGGCCCCUUGCUCUCAUACCCAACACUAUCGACUCUCUGCCCAACACCGACCCUCGUUGCCUAUCGAUCUGCGCCUUCUGAGACCGCAUUACCUACCAAUGCUCUCAGCCCAGUCAAGAAGGCGUUCCAGUCUGUCACCGAGUCGAAAAUGAGGGCAAAAAGCGCGGGCAUGCCCAGUUCGAAGGAAGAAUGGGAGCCCAUCAUGCGUUUCUGGAGCCAGCAUCUUUCGAGGAGGCAGGUGGAUGGUCUGUACGAGGCCAUGACAGGGGCUAGCGCUAGCACAAAAUACAGUGAUCCGGCGGUCCUUGGGACACCCUAA